UUUUGUACACACGCAAUUCCUUGUAUUAGAUUAUCUUUAUGGGCCUCGUUAACAUCCCAACAACUCGAAUCAUUUCGUCGAUGCGAGGCGCGACAUGCGUUGAAUGUCACCAAGGGCGCAGGUCUUUCUAUCCCGACUUGAAGAGCAAGAUCGCGACCUGACCGAGAUAAAAGUAGAUGAAGUGCUUGGUUUCGUGCGUCACAUACGACCCAAAGUUGCGACCGACAAUACAAUGCCAAGUUGGGUUGUACUUCUUGUCGAAUUCUUUCUUGAUGAACGCCGCUAUGUCCUUCUCAAUGUUGUACUUCUCCAACGCUUGAGACGCGCAGUCCACUGCGUCUUGCUGCAUGUCUUCAUGCAUGUCUGCGUUCUUGAUCACGGCCUUUCGCUCCGACAUCGCUCCUCUUCUCUGUAGCUCGUCGCUGGCCCCGCAAAAC